AUGUUUCUUCCUCAUGAAUUGAUUAUCCAAAUCCUACUGAGGUUGCCGGUAAAGUCCCUCAUACACUUCAAGUGUGUUUGUAAGUUGUGGUUUUCUCUUAUCUCUCAUGAUACCCAUUUUGCUAGUUUACAUUUUCAACUUAACUCUACAACACACACGAGUAGAAUUCUAUUCUUAUCAAAUUCAACUCAUGAAGCUCUAUCCAUCGAUUUUGAAGCAUCGCUUCACGACGACACUGCUUCUGUUUCACUCAACCUUCCAGAGGAUUUUAGAGGUUUUGAAAUUAGAGGGUCAUGUAGAGGCUUCAUACUUUUCUGCAGUUCCUUAAACAUCUACCUGUGGAAUCCAUCCACUGGUAUUCACAAACAAAUACCUUUAUCUCCUUUUGCUUCCAAUUUAGAUGCUGAAUAUUUCUAUGGUUUUGGGUAUGACGAUUCAACAGAUGAUUACUUUGUUGUUUCAAUGUCUCGUCAUGAUUCAGAAGAACCUCCAUUACACUUGGAGUACUUCUCGUUAAAAUCUAAUACAUGGAAGGAAGUUGAGGGCCCUCACUUCCCUUAUAACUUCCAGGAGGAUGACCCCAAAUGUGGUUUGCUCUAUAAGGGAGCUAUUCAUUGGUUGGGUUUUCGUUAUGAUUUACAAACUGAUGUUAUUCUUGCAUUUGAUUUAAUCGAAAGGAAACUUUCAUAUAUGCUUUUGCCCACUGAUUCUGACGGUAGUCCUUUGGAGUGGGACGGUGAAGAUGGAUUGGUCAAGUACGAUACAAGUGGACAAUGUCUGGAGCAACAUUCUUAUCCUAAUUACGAUCUUAGCGGAUUGACUAUGUAUAUAGAUUCUCUGCUUUCACUCCCUAGUGAUGGUCACAACCAACAAGCUUAA